UACUGCUGGGAAGCUCGUGUUACAGCCUUCUAAGGGUGGGAGCAUGAAAUGAAAGUUUGAAAACAGGGAGCUUGUACAGACAGAGCAACAAUUCCGAUUUGUUCAGCAAGUGUGAAAAUGGCAUCCUUGGAGUGAUGGAAAUGUGGAGAAUUGGUAUUGGAGUUUGAGUCGAACAUGAAGGAAAUCUUUCCGAGACGAUCACCACCACGGAGCGGCGGGAACGGCUGACUAUGAGGAAGAAACGCUUAAAUCUACGAUCUGCAAAGAUGACCGCUGCCCUGAAGAGAGCGAGCGAAAGACGGGCCAAGUCCUGUUUCAUCGUGGUCAUCUUCCUGGCUGUUUUCGCCUGCAUGUUGGUCACCGAGGUAUUCUACGUGGAAGAAGAACGUUGGAAAGAAGAAAAAUUCAUCGCGAUGUUCAGUUUCGGACGAGAAUCCUCCCCCAUGCCCGACCAGUUCCUCGAUCCUCAGUCUUCCCGCAUGGCCAGAGAAUUGGCAAGGGUGAAGGACGAUGACGCUUCUUCGUCGAAUGACUCCAAAAAGCAAGUCUUUGCUGACAUGAUCAUUGAAAGUGAGGACUACUGGCAGAAAGUGAGAAACACCAAAGAUAAGUUCUUUGUGUACUCUGCUUUUUACGAUGACCGCCGGACCAAAUGGGUCAGGGUAAUUGCAGCAGCUCGAACUCGAUUGGCUGAUAAAGUGUUCUGUCAGUUUCAUUACAAGGAUGGAAGGGAACCACAUGCCGUUGCUGGGAUUAAUAGACUCAUCCGCGAGAAUUGGAACCUGAAGUAUAGUGCUUUCUUUAUUUUGUGCCCCAUUAAACCCCCGAACACGGGUGUACCUAGUCAUGUAUCCAUCAUUAGAGCAGGAGACAGUACGAUCGGUAAUAAAGUAGUUGUCCAUGACAACAAAAGCAAAUUCAAGAAGCCAGAAGGUGUAGCUGUUUGCAUAAAACCGUUGCAUUAUGAAUAUAACAAGGUUAAAAAUUUAGUUGAAUUCAUAGAACUCAAUAGAAUUCUAGGGGUUAAUCAUUUUGUACUUUACAACCACACAGUUGGUGCAGAAGUUGGGUGCAUUCUGAAGAAGUAUGAAGUUGAAGGCAUUGUUACUGUUCUUCCAUGGCAAUUAGAUAUUGUCUCCCAAAAAGAAAUCCGCACAGAAGGACUGUUUGCAGCACUGAAUGACUGCUUGUAUAGAACGAUGUACCGGUUUCGAUAUGUACUGAUGAUUGAUCUUGAUGAAUACAUCAUUCCGCACAAAAAUUCUACAUUGACUGUGAUGUUAAACCAUCUUAGUAAAAAGAAUCCAGAUCGAACUGGUGCAUAUUCUUUUCAAAAUGCUUUCUUUUACUUGCAAUGGCCAAACGAUACAUCAUCGGCCGGACUGCCUUACAAAUUAUUAACGCUACAAAAAACUAUUAGAAAAUCGAAGUUUCAUGCUCACAAGCAGCGAUCGAAAUGCAUAGUUCUUCCCGAGAGAGUAGUUGAAAUGGGCAACCACUUCGUGUGGGAGUUCAUAGCAGGUAAAACGAUGAUGAACAUUCCUCCAGACAUGGGAUUUCUUCAUCAUUACAGGGUUUGUGAAUUCGGUGGAAAUGACUGUAUUAAUACAACUCAUGUUGUUGACAGAAGGACUUAUUUCUGGAAAGAUACGAUGAUUGAAACUGUAGCAUUACGUCUUCGUCUACUGCAACCAGUUUGCCAAAAUAUAUUACCGUUUUUGAUAGAAUGAUUGAUAGGAACUAUACAGUUUUGAAACAAACAUCUAAGUUUCACUGAGCUAUAGGGA